GAGACGCUCGCCUCCAUUGCGCGUCUCCUAGGGGCGCAGCCCUGGUUUGCCUUGGUUCCCAAGCAGUCAGCUACAAAAGGGGGACGCUGCACACGCCUCCCCUCCUGACCAGGUCUCCAGGGAGUGGUGGUGGGUGGGGGAGAGCUAAGUGGCUGCAGGUGUGCGCUGGGGGGGCGGGUUUCUUCCUUUACACUCCAGGGGUGGUGUGUGUAGCAGGGUGUUCUCGGUAAAACUGGGGCAGGAAUCUGGUUUCUUGCCCUCCCCUGGCGAUCAUCAUGACUGCGUCUCUUGACUACCUGGUGAUCUUGUUCGGGACGACUGCUGGUGCUCAGGGGGCUAAGCUGGGAUCCGAUGAGAAAGAGCUGGUCCAGCUGCUGUGGAAAGUGGUGGAUCUAGCCCGCAAGAAGGCGGGGAGCCUGCACGAAGUGCUGGUCAGACCGGAGCGCUUGGACCUGACAGAAGAAUGCAAAGAAACAACCAAGCUGGAGCUGGAGAGCCUGGCGCGAGCCCCGCAGCUGGAACAAGCCCUGCAACAGUUUAACCAGUCUGUGAGCAAUGAACUGAAUAUUGGUGUAGGUACUUCCUUCUGUCUCUGUACUGAUGGACAGCUUCACAUCAGACAGCUUCUGCAUCCUGAGGCUUCCAAAAAGAAUAUCUUAUUACCUGAAUGCUUCUACUCCUUUUUUGACUUGCGGAAAGAGUUCAAGAAAUGUUGCCCUGACUCAUCUGAUGUUAACAAACUGGAUGUUGCUGCCAUGACAGAAUAUUUAAAUCUUGAAAAGAGCAGUCCAGCAUGGCAUUUUGGAGCAUCUCAAGUGGAAGAUAUGGGGAAUAUUAUUUUAACACUAAUUUCUGAAGAAUACAAUCACAGAUUUGCAGAUCCUGAAAGAGUGAACUAUAAAUUUGAAAGUGGUACCUGCAACAAGAUGGAACUCGUAGAUGAUAAUACCAUAAUCAGAGCAAGAGGCUUACCGUGGCAGUCAUCUGACCAGGACAUCGCAAGAUUCUUCAAAGGCCUAAAUAUUGCCAAGGGAGGUGCUGCACUGUGUCUCAAUGUACAAGGAAGAAGGAAUGGGGAAGCUCUCGUCAGGUUUGUAAGUGAAGAGCAUAGAGAGUUAGCACUACAAAGACACAAGCACCACAUGGGGAAUCGGUACAUUGAGGUGUAUAAGGCAACAGGUGAAGAUUUCCUUAAAAUUGCAGGAGGUACUUCCAAUGAAGCAGCUCAGUUUUUAUCGAAAGAAAACCAGGUGAUUGUCCGGAUGCGAGGUCUUCCUUUCAAUGCAACGACGGAAGAAGUGCUGACGUUUUUUGGCCAGCACUGCCCAGUAACAGGAGGAAAGGAAGGAAUCCUGUUUGUCACAUACCCUGACAACAGGCCAACGGGAGAUGCCUUUGUGUUGUUUGCUUGUGAGGAAUAUGCACAAAAUGCACUAAAAAAACAUAAGGACUUGCUGGGUAAAAGGUACAUUGAACUCUUCAGGAGCACGGCAGCAGAGGUUCAGCAGGUGCUGAACAGGUACUCUUCUACACCUCUCGUUCCCCUUGCAGCACCGCCUGUCCUUCCCAUGUUACCUCAGCAAUUCAUGUCUCCUACCAAUGUCAGAGACUGCAUACGUCUGCGUGGUCUUCCCUAUGCUGCCACUAUAGAGGACAUCUUGGAAUUCUUGGGGGAGUUUUCUGCAGAUAUUCGAACCCAUGGGGUUCACAUGGUAUUAAAUCACCAGGGCCGUCCAUCAGGAGAUGCCUUUAUCCAGAUGAAAUCUGCAGACCGAGCUUUUUUGGCUGCACAGAAGUGUCAUAAGAAGACCAUGAAGGACAGAUACAUUGAAGUCUUUCAGUGUUCUGCAGAGGAGAUGAACUUUGUAUUAAUGGGGGGCACUUUAAAUCGAAAUGGCUUGUCCCCACCACCAUGUAAGUUACCAUGUCUUUCUCCUCCAUCCUACUCACUUCCAGCUCCUGCAGCAGUUAUUCCAACAGAAGCUGCCCUUUAUCAGCCCUCCGUGCUUUUGAAUCCACGAACGCUUCAGCCCUCCACAGCAUACUAUCCAGCUGGCACCCAGCUCUUCAUGAAUUACACGUACUAUCCCAGCAUGCAGCAGAGGAUGGACUUGUACACACAAAUGGCACGGCAAGGACAAUGCCCAAAGAAUGGAUUUGCAUUUAAAGGUCCCAGCAGUUAGACUGACUGACUUAGAAGAGACGAUUCCUCCUAGCUUUCUGAUGUUUGUGAACUACAGCCAGACAAUUGGAGAUCGUUUGAUUACAUUCCUAGUUCUUCUUUUGGUCAAGCCAGCUGUUCAUAAAAAAAAUCACCAGAACCUUGGAAAUCAUCAUUGACCUGUAUCUAAUUUUUAAAAUAUGAAAUACACUAUGUCCACAGAGACUCACAUACACACAUUGUCACUGGAACCACCGAGCCCUUCACUGAGAGCACAAGUUCAGAGAUCACGAGUCCUGAUUUUUAUUUUUUUUGUCUAUACAGAAAGUAUUAAAAUGCUUUUCACAUGAAUAGAAUUAUAGUUUAGAUUAAACUUUCUAGAUUCUGGACAUUAAUAUACAAAACUAUGUUUGAAACAUCCAAUAAGCCCAAGUUUUUUAUCUAAUUUGCACACAGUUUAACGUUUUAAAAAAAAUAUAUAUAUAUAUAAGGACCUUUAAUUAUGCAGUCAACAUUUUUAUAAAACAUUAUUUUCUUGUCUUGUACAUAUUUGAUUGUUCUGUGCAAAAAAACCCUGUGUAUACUUUGACAGAUUCUAGCCUGGAUUACUUUACACAGUGCAGAAAUGGAUAUGAAUGUAAAAUUAUUACCUGAAAAUUACUGUAACUUUGUAAAAUACAUCAAGUGUGAAACGUUAAAUGUUU